AUGCUUGCAGUAUGGAUCACUACUCUUUUUCUUCUCAAUGCAGCCAAAGGAAGGGAAGUUUGCUACAAAAGGCUUGGAUGCUUUUCAGACAGCCCCCCAUGGGCUGGGAUCCCGGGGAGACAACUGGCAGGCUUGCCCAGCUCUCCAGAUGCUGUGAACACAAAUUUCCUCCUAUACACCAGAGACAACAUGGUGAAGUACCAAAAAAUUUCAGCUACAGAUCCUUCAAGUAUAAAAGCUUCGAAUUUCCGAGCGCACAGGAAAACUCGUUUCAUUAUCCACGGCCACCUUGCUGGAGCAGAUCUCCCCUGGAUAACAAGCAUCUGCAGGUUCAUGUUUCACUCUGAAGAUGUGAACUGCAUUCUGACAGACUGGAGGGGCGGCUCCAGUGGUCUGUACACGGACGCCGUCAACAACGUCCGCAUUGUGGGGGCCGAGCUGGAGUACCUGGUGAACUUCCUCGAGAAAGAUUAUGGCUAUUCUCCUGCCAACAUCCAUUUCAUCGGCCACAGCCUUGGAGCACACGUUGCAGGGGAAGCAGGGAGGAGGAAGCCUGGCAUUGGAAGAAUAACAGGUUUGGAUCCAGCUGGGCCCCUUUUCCAGUACACUCCCACAAUGGUGAGGCUGGAUCCUUCAGAUGCAAUAUUUGUUGAUAUAAUUCACACUCAUGCUGGUCAUCUUUUCUUUGACUUUGCUCCAGGGAUUCUCCAGACUUGUGGCCACCUGGAUUUUUACCCAAAUGGUGGGAAGAAGAUGCCAGGAUGCAAGCAGCUUCGUGUGCCUCCUGCAACUCGGGAUGUCAAUGACCUGAUGAGAGCAUACAGAUCUUUUGGAUGUGGACAUAAAAGAAGUCUCAGGUAUUAUGCUGAGAGCAUCAUCACUCCAAAUGGAUUUGUUGGGUAUCAGUGUGAAACAUACCAAGAGUUUGUGUUGGGAGACUGCUUUCCAUGUCCAGAAGAGGGAUGCCCACUGAUGGGUCAUCAUGCUGAUAAGUUUUUACGUAAAACUGAAAAAGAACAGCAAAAAGUUUAUUUAAACACAGGGCCCUCCCCUCCAUAUGCUCGCUGGCGAAAAGAGAUACAUGUCAAAGUAUGUGCAACAGAAACCAUGAAGGGAAAUAUAGAUGUAGCCUUGACUGCAACUAAUGGGUUCAGAAAAAAAUAUACCAUUGACAAGGGAACUUUCAAACCAGGCAACACAUACUUGAACUACAUUGAUACAGAAAUUUCUGGGAACAUUUCAAAAGUUGAGUUUCUCUGGAAAAAGCAACUAGGCCAUGCAGACAGAGGCUGCAUGGGAGCUGAAGAAGUCAGAAUAAUAUCUGGGGAAAGCGGGAAUAUGUCUGUGUUCUGUGGGUGUGGAACUGUGCAGCCCAGCAUGUGGCAAGCCCUGGCUCUUUGCUGA